AUGGGCUGGGUCAGGUCAGAAGUCAAGGCCGAAGAUGCCGUCCAGCCAGUACCAGGUACAGUGCAUCUGGUGGACUUGGAUGGCACCAUGCAAGCAAAGCAUGCGCGCGACGCUGGGUUGAGAGAUAUCGUCCUUGUGCCUGCGCCGAGUUCUGAUCCUGAUGAUCCGCUCAACUGGUCACCCGCCCGGAAGCGACUGUCUCUGACUUGCAUGUGCGUGUACACGCUCAUGGUCGGCAUUGCCAGUGCGGCUAUCUACUCGGUCCUGGUACCUAUUUCAGAGGCUACGACGUUGACGCUGGAUGAUUUGAAUGCCGGAACGGGAUAUAUGUUCUUGGCUUUUGGAUGGGGCUGUCUGUUCUGGCAGCCGUUGGCAUUGCAGUAUGGCAAGCGGCCGGUGUAUCUGAUCAGUAUUCUGGCUACGCUGGCGAUUCAGGUCUGGGCACCGUUCACGAAGAGUAAUGGGCAGUGGAUUGCGAACAAGGUGUUGCAGGGCUUCUUUGGUGCACCGAUCGAAAGUCUCUGCGAGAUCAGUGUUGCUGAUAUAUACUUCCAGCAUGAACGUGGCACCUACAUCGCCGUCUACGCGCUUCUCCUAGCCGGUAGCAACUUCUUCGCUCCGAUCAUCGCAGGUUUCAUCGCCGACGGCCAAGGAUGGCAAUGGGUGCUUUAUUGGUGUGCCAUAUUCUGUGCCAUGGGCUUUGUAUUCCUGUUCUUCUUCAUGGAGGAGACCAACUACCACCGGAAAGUCGUCUUGACCGGCGAAGCCGAUCCAGCGUCUCUGAAUUCCCCAACGAGCCCAGCAUCGAGCGAGCACGAGAAGAAACUUCCAGCAAAUGAAGACGUUGAGACAUCAGCCCCUCCGGCACCGGCAUCGCCUUAUCCAAAGCAGAAGGCCUACCUCGAUAAGGUGAAGCUCUGGCAAGCUGCCGACAUCCACAAGCCUAACCACCUUGUUGGCAUGGUCAAGCGGCCAUUGAUCUUCCUGACUUUUCCGGUGAUCUUCUAUGCUGGGUUUUCGUAUGGAUCAAACCUGGUUUGGUUUAAUGUGCUUAACGGCACCGCGUCUCUCGUGUUGGGUGGCGAGCCAUACAACUUCGCAGCGUCGAUGGUCGGGCUAAGCUACUUGAGUCCGCUGAUUGGCGUCGCCGUCGGAAGCUUCUAUACAGGCUACAUUGGCGACCGUAUCGCGCUGAGGUUGGCAAGGCGGAACCACGGCAUCAUGGAGCCUGAGCAUAGACUAUGGCUUUUUGCGCCGAGUCUGCUGCUGAUUCCGUUCGGACUGAUACUUUGGGGAGUCGGCGCCGCUCACGCCAUCCACUGGUUCGGUUGCGUCUUCGCGGCCGGCGUCAUUGCCCUCACCAAUACUAUCGGCCUCCAGCUCUCCGUGUCAUACUGCAUCGACAGCUACAAGGACCUUUCUGGUGAAGCCAUGGUGACUGUCAUCCUCGUCCGCAACACAAUGAGCUUCGCCAUCGGCUACGGUAUUACUCCGUGGGUGACAAACAUGGGGUUGCAGAAUGCUUUCAUUGUUGCGGCUUUUGCGGGGAUGGCGCAGUGUUCGACGUUCUUGUUGGUGGUGAAGUAUGGGAAGGGGUUGAGGAGGGAUAGUGCGGGGAGGUAUAAGAAGUAUGUGGACAGGAUGGCGGAUCAGGGGGUGGUGCAUUGA